GCCAUUUUAACUGAGGUCUAGAUUCACAUCAGCGCGGAAGGUUUGCCGCACCGCUAACGUUGGAGAACAGCAACCCGUCCGGGAAUCUCACCGGCUGGCUGUUUCAUUCCUAUUAGGAUACCGACGUGUUGGUCAGGCUUUGCCGGCCAAACAAAGGGAUUGGUGUUUUAAUUUCAGGUUCAGUUUCCAAAUCCGUCCCAUAAUCACACAGUGAUUCGUCUGCACGUCCGCCUCCUGUGCGCCUGUAAGGAAUGCUGACUCUGGUGCCACAAGGAAAACCCUGAUUUGGAAGUCGCUCAGGCUGAGGGAUUGACGCAACGAUGGCUACCCAGUCUGACCUUAUGGAGCUUGACAUGGCCAUGGAGCAGGAUCGUAAAGUUGCUGUCAGUCACUGGCAGCAGCAGUCCUACCUGGAUUCAGGUAUUCACUCUGGGGCCACCACCACAGCGCCGUCUCUGUCAGGCAAAGGCAACCCUGAAGAGGAGGAUCUGGACAACCAAGUGCUGUAUGAGUGGGAGCAGGGCUUCAACCAGCCCUUUACACCUGAGCAGGUCCCAGACCUGGAUGGGCAGUAUGCCAUGACCCGUGCACAGCGUGUCCGUGCUGCCAUGUUUCCUGAGACUCUCGAUGAGGGCAUGCAGGUCACAUCCACCCAGUUUGACUCUACGCACCCCACCAAUGUGCAGAGGCUGGCUGAGCCUUCACAGAUGCUCAAACAUGCAGUUGUCAAUCUCAUUAACUACCAGGAUGACGCUGAACUGGCCACCAGAGCCAUCCCUGAGCUCACCAAACUUCUCAACGAUGAGGACCAGGUGGUGGUGAACAAAGCCGCAGUGAUGGUGCACCAGCUGUCCAAGAAAGAGGCCUCUCGCCACGCCAUCAUGCGCUCUCCCCAGAUGGUGUCGGCCAUCGUGAGGACCAUGCAGAACACCAAUGAUGUAGAGACGGCCCGUUGCACUUCCGGCACCUUACACAACCUGUCCCACCACAGAGAGGGCCUCCUCGCCAUCUUUAAAUCAGGAGGAAUCCCUGCCCUAGUCAAGAUGCUGGGGUCCCCCGUUGAUAGUGUGCUGUUCUAUGCCAUCACCACCCUUCACAACCUCCUGCUCCAUCAGGAAGGUGCUAAAAUGGCUGUCCGUCUAGCUGGAGGACUUCAGAAGAUGGUGGCCCUUCUCAACAAAACCAAUGUCAAAUUCCUUGCCAUCACCACAGACUGCUUACAGAUCCUGGCAUAUGGCAACCAAGAGAGCAAGUUGAUCAUCCUGGCCAGUGGAGGACCUCAGGCUCUGGUCAACAUCAUGAGAACAUACACGUAUGAGAAACUUCUCUGGACCACAAGUCGUGUGCUCAAGGUGUUAUCUGUCUGCUCCAGCAACAAACCUGCCAUCGUUGAAGCUGGUGGCAUGCAGGCUCUUGGCCUUCACUUGACAGAUCCCAGUCAGCGACUGGUUCAAAACUGCCUCUGGACUCUUAGAAACUUGUCAGACGCUGCCACCAAGCAGGAAGGGAUGGAAGGACUUCUUGGCACUCUGGUUCAGCUUCUUGCUUCAGAUGACAUCAAUGUGGUCACCUGUGCCGCUGGCAUACUAUCUAACCUCACGUGUAACAACUACAAGAACAAGAUGAUGGUUUGCCAAGUGGGUGGAAUUGAGGCCCUGGUUCGUACUGUGCUCAGAGCUGGUGACCGAGAGGACAUCACGGAGCCUGCUGUUUGUGCACUACGACAUCUAACAUCCAGACACCAAGAUGCUGAGAUGGCCCAGAAUGCAGUUCGUCUGCACUACGGCCUGCCUGUAGUGGUCAAACUGCUGCACCCGCCCUCACACUGGCCGUUAAUUAAGGCCACAGUCGGUCUGAUCCGUAAUCUGGCGCUAUGCCCAGCCAAUCACGCGCCGCUCCGUGAGCAGGGUGCAAUUCCCCGGUUGGUCCAGUUGUUGGUGAGGGCACACCAGGACACCCAGAGGCGCACUUCAAUGGGUGGCACACAACAACAGUUUGUGGAGGGAGUUCGUAUGGAGGAGAUUGUGGAAGGCUGUACUGGAGCACUUCACAUCCUGGCCAGAGACAUACACAACAGAAUCGUCAUCAGGGGACUCAACACCAUCCCCUUAUUCGUCCAACUGCUGUAUUCUCCUAUUGAGAAUAUCCAGCGGGUAGCAGCAGGAGUGUUGUGCGAGCUGGCUCAGGAUAAGGAGGCAGCAGAAGCCAUUGAGGCAGAAGGAGCCACGGCUCCUCUCACAGAGCUGCUGCACUCCAGGAACGAAGGAGUGGCCACAUACGCUGCAGCAGUCCUGUUCCGCAUGUCUGAGGAUAAGCCUCAGGAUUACAAGAAACGACUUUCUGUGGAACUUACCAGCUCUCUUUUCAGGACAGAGCCCAUGGCCUGGAACGAGACUGGUGACUUAGGCCUUGAUAUUGGUGCUCAGGGAGAGCCUCUUGGAUACAGACCAGAUGACCCCAGCUAUCGUUCUUUCCACUCUGGCUACGGCCAGGAUGCUCUGGGUAUGGAUGGCCUGCUGGAGCAUGAGAUUGGAGGCCACCAUCCUGGAGCAGAGUACCCAGUAGAGGGACUGCCAGACUUGGGCCACGCCCAGGACCUAAUGGAUGGUCUGCCCCCUACAGACUCCAAUCAGCUGGCCUGGUUUGACACAGACCUCUAAACACUCACAGUCUAAGUAUUGAAGCUGUAUGUUGAAUGAAUCUGCAGUUGUGAUUUUGAAGAGUCGUGGAAGGUUUGCCAGAGGAUGGGCUAGUGUUUCAGAAAGUGCCUGACACACAACACACACUUGUCGAAGAUGAAAGGGAGUCUGAUGGGGAAAUGUUGGAUAUCAGUGUCCUUUAUUGCUACGACCCCCUUUUUGUUUUUUUGCCCUGGAUAGAAAAAAUGCAAGUAUGGAGGGAUUGUGACGUGGAUGCUGAGGAGUGCACAUGAAAAGGAUCUUUUAAGAUGGAACUAUUUUAAUAUUUUUUUUUCCCCCUUUCCUUAAAUCAGCCUUUUCAUGGUACUGACCCUAGCUCAGUUUUAAAAACCUUUGUAUUCCAUUUUUUUUAUUCCCCUUUUUCUUUUCUAUUUUCUUAUGUGCUCUAUAGUGUUAAGUUGUAGUGGACAUGCCUCGUUGGUUUCUGGAUCUUUAUCAUGUGCUAGUGUACAACACUAAUCUCAGUUCCUAUGUAAUCUGACAAAGUGUAACAAUGUGUAGCUUUUUAUAUGAUCAUUUAAAAUGGUGGUUGUUGGGAGUUCAAAAAAAAAUUAUAUGCAUUCGAAGCAGUUUUCAAUGUCACUUUUGUUCCAAAAAGGGGGGGGGGUGAAGCGGGGGUGGGUGUGGGUAAAUGGGGUUUAUGAGGUAUACACAGAGACAGAAAUCUUUUCUAUGCUAUCUGGAAGUAGUCUAUAUUGAAGCAACGUCAUUGUUAGUCUGUGUGGCUUCUUUUGGGAACUAUGGAGAAUGACAUGGCUAAUCAAUAAAAGACUUCUAUUCCA